AUGAAAAUGCUUGAUGAUAUCAAAUAGUAGGUAGAAAAAGAAAUGAAAAAGUUUGAUCCUCGAUUGGCACAAAAGAAGUAUUUGAAGAUUACUUAAUCAAUUAAGGAUUUGUUUCUUAAAGCAGUUGUUAGUGAAAAAUAAACUAUUAAAGCUGUAAAUACAAAUUUGAAACAAGGCUGCUCAUUCUAUUGGUAUCAAUUACUCUUCAGCCAAAGCCAUCUGGGCUGAAUUCAGAACCAAAUAAAAAAUGAAGAAGAGCAAGAAAGUUAAUGGAUAAAAUAAGUAACCAUCCUCAGAAGUUAUGAAAAGAUGUCAAUACAAAAUACUAAAUGGUUGUAAUAAGAUUAAGAAACUAUUUAUGGAAAUCAAAUCUUCUGUUGCAUAGCGUAUGAGUUCUACAUACAUGAUUUCCUUAGAGUAGCAUAUAUGAAUAUUAUUUAAUUAAAAUGAGUGGAAGUACAAAAGUUUACUAGUAUUUCCAUAAUAAAAAAUUCAGAGGUGCCAGUACUCUCAAAGGAAGAGGAGUAGAAACCAAUAUUCACACUCCUAAAAUGAAAAUACAAAACUCUGUUGAUGAUUAGCUUAUUAUACACAACAUAUAAAACCUCCCUUUUUAAUUUAGAUAGAGUCCUUGCAUUAAGUUAAAAAAUCCCAAACAUUCAUAAGAUGAGACUAGAAAGCAAACUAAUAUAUCAGAACAUUAUGCUAGAAGAACUAGAAUCACAGUUUUAGAAUCAUUUUAUCAUCAAUUAAAGUCUGAUGAAGAUAUUUCUCUUAUUAAUAAUACACAAUAAGCCAAAAUCUAACCUAUCAUAUUAACACCUUAAUCUUAAACAACCUAUUUUAGUAAAUAAACUUAAUUUACAGAAAUUGAGAAUAUUGAAGAAGUUCAUUUUAACUUUGUAAAUAUGUAACAAAGCUAUAAAUCUUGGAUAGAGAAUUUUGAAAGGAAGAAUCAUAGCAAAUGA